UUCUUAGUGAUCACGAGUACGGCGAUUUUCACUAUAAAAGCUAGUAUAGUCAACAACACAUCAUCAGUCAAUUGUGGUACACUCCAAGUGUUAGCAAAGCAUUUCAUCUAAGUCAACUUUUAAGUUAACAAACCCCAACCGUCAAAAUGUACAAGCUGUUCGUUUUCACCUGCUUGAUCGCCGCCGCCGUCGCUGCCCCAGCUCCAGGAGUUGUUGUUGCUGCUCCAGUGGCCGUUGCCCACACCCCAAUUGUCCACCAUGCUCCAGUAGCCGUUAGCCACUCCUCGUCCCACGUUGUGCACCACGCCCCAGUCGUCAAGCACGCCGUCGUCGCCCACCAUGCCCCAGUCGUCGCUGUCCACCACACCCCAAUCGUUAAGGCCGUCCCAAUCGUCCACCACACUCCAGUUGUGACCAAGACCGUGGUCGCUACCCCAAUCGUUCACUCCGUCCCAGUCGUCAAGAGCGUCGUCCACCACCCAGCUGUCCUGGUCCACCACUAAGUACUAGAUGCAGGAAACUCCCAAUCCCUUGCAAAAAACAAACAAACAAAGACUAGCAACGAAUACUCUCCAAACUUACAUUCUGAGAAGUUUACAAGUAGUUUUGUAUAUAGAUGAAACCAGUAAUGUAGCAGCAACGAAUACUUUUAAAAACUAACUAAACGAACACUUUGAGUCUUAUGAAACAAUGCGAUAACGUAAACAGUAAAUGCAAUAGCUGAAAAUA